GGGCGUAUACGGAUGUAGUUCAGCAACAACAAGUCUAUUGAGUUUUUUUGUAUAUGAAAUAUUAAAUAGACUACAUUACCCACUAUCCUGGUAAUUUAGGUUCCGGUCCGGAGGUUUGGGUGCUAUAAGCAGAAGUCACUCGAAAGGGAUUUGGAAGAUCCGUGCCAGCUGUUACCAUGGCAAUUCUAUUUGCCGUGGUGGCUCGUGGAACCACCAUCCUAGCCAAGCAUGCAUGGUGUGGCGGAAACUUCCUCGAAGUAACAGAACAGAUCCUGGCCAAAAUUCCAUCCGAGAAUAACAAAUUGACAUACAGCCAUGGCAGUUAUCUCUUUCAUUACAUCUGCCAUGACAGAAUCAUAUACCUGUGCAUCACAGAUGAUGACUUUGAAAGGUCACGCGCGUUCAGCUUCCUCAGUGAGAUCAAGAGGCGCUUUCAGACCACAUAUGGGUCACGAGCACAAACAGCCUUGCCGUAUGCCAUGAACAGUGAGUUCUCGUCGACGUUGGCUGCUCAGAUGAAACAUCACUCAGAUCCACGGGGGUCAGAUCGUCUUACUGAAACACAGAUGCAAGUAGAUGACUUAAAGGGCAUUAUGGUCCGCAACAUUGAUUUGGUUGCCCAGAGAGGGGAGAAACUGGAAUUGUUGAUUGACAAAACAGAGAAUCUGGUUGAUUCUUCCGUCACAUUUAAGACCACAAGUCGUAAUCUGGCCCGAGCCAUGUGUAUGAAAAACCUCAAGCUGACCUUUGUUGUUGUGCUGGUAUGCCUGGUGGUCAUUUACAUUAUUGUCUCUGCUUCCUGUGGAGGCCUCACCUGGCCCUCUUGUGUCAAAUGAGAAGACCUUGAGCGUGACAAGGCUAAUGCCGAAAAGGAGAGAAGCGCUUGUUCAACCAUUGUUGCCAGUGGACGGAAAAAUGACAUUAUUUGUGAUUUACUUCUAUAACCUCACAUUGCCUUGAAGCCAAUUCCUCCCACUGCUGCUUCUUUGAUAGUGAACACAUGGCUUCAAGAGAGGAAGUCCCACCUCAUACCACUCAAAUGGACUGCAGAAAGUUGGCCUACAACUGAUGUGACACCAUAAUAUUGUCUUAAAGUAGUUUGUUGGUCUGAUGUGUAGCAUUCACUGCUCUGUGUAUUCUAUCCAUUCAAAUGGAAAACAAAAUACACCAAAAUGACUGGUACUUAAAUGCUUGCCGCGCACUGAAACGAUGUAUGGAAAUUACAAGCUUCAGAGAAGUCCUGUAGAGCUACCAGACACACUGUCCAUGGUCUCUUUACUGAAUACUCAUAUUGGACAAAAAUACACAGAGCAUGACAAAUCAGUGUUUGGAUCUUAUUGGAAUAUGAAACCCAGAUGUUAUGGGUUUCAUACUAAUCAUAGUAUCUCAUGCAGUAAAAGAUGUACAAUAGUGCGAUUAUACGAAAAAUAAAUAUUGUACAUCUGAGUGAUUAUGCGGGUAAUACUGAAUACCUGUCGUGACUAAUGACGAUUGGAAUUACUAAUUCAGGGGGAAAAAAAGUUCUUGUCUGAUGAAAUUCUGUCCUUUAUCAUAACCUUAAGUCUCAUCAAAAUGCACUUUUGUUUACUUCUGGUGUUGUCUUUGUUUAUUGAUCAUAAUCAUGAACAUAGUAACUAUACAUACCAAUUUGAAAGAAUAAAAAUGAUACUAUUGAGUUGAUGUCUACAGCAUUUAAAUGUUUAAAAAAUUCCAUGUCACACUUAACAAAAAAGAGGGGGGGAAAAAACGUAAUUGUCACUAGAUCCUAUGGGAAUAUGAAACCCAGAUGUUAUGGGUUUCAUACCAAUCAUAGUAUGUCAUGCAGUAAAGCAUAACAAUCAUAGUAUGUAAUGCCGUAAAAGAUCUACAGAACUAAGAUACAAAAAUAUCGUACAUCCGAGGGAUUAUGCAGUCAUUGCAGGUAAUAUUAAAUACCCGUCGUGACUAAUGACGACUCACGAUUGGAAUUACUAAUUUAAAAAAAAAAAAAGUUCUUGUUUGAUGAAAUUCUGUCUUUAUCAUAGCCUUAAGUCUAUCAUCAAAUUGCACUUUUACUUCUGGUGUUGUCUUUGUUAAUUGAUUAUCAUCAUCAUGAACAUAGUUACUAUACAUACCAAUUUGAAAUAACAAAAAUUAUACUAUUGAGUUGAUGUUUACAGCAUUUAUACGUUAAAAACAUCCAUGUCAUACUUAACAAAAAAGUAGAACAAAAAAAACUAAAUCUCAAUGUCUUCAUAACUACAUUUUGCUGUCCUAAAGCUCAGGUUUGUAUGAAUUUUAGAAUCACAUUAUUUUGAUCUCUUCAAAAAGCAAUUAGCAAAUAAAUGAUCAUAUGUUAACGAAAUGAGGGCAGUAACACCCCCAAAAAAACGUCCACGUCAAUGUAAAAACCAAGGCCAUGUCCACACUGGCAGGAUAUUUGGAAAAAAGAUCUUUUUCUACGGUUUGAGCUAUCAUCUACACGUGCACGCAGAUUUAAACCAGGGUUCUUAAAAACAAUGGGGAAGGUGAAGAUUUGCGAAUUCUGCGUUUGUGGCUCCAUCAUGUGGACACUGAUAACCGAAGAUUUACGUCACUGGCUGCGACAAAUUUUGUCCUCACGUCACACAUGAGACCAAUUUUUACAUUUGGAGUACAUUAAAUAGGCGCCUUUUUGCUUCCAUUUUAUUUUACAAACUCUUGCUGUGCUUCUUAUUGAAUAAUGGGUAUUUGGGAAAAUUAUUUUGUUUUGA